UCAUCUGUGGAUCAUCACUUCAUUUCAUCUUCAUCAGAAUGAUCUUUAAUGUUUGUUUAUAACAGAGUUUAGUGUUUCUCAGGACGCUGUCACCGAGGAUGAAGACUUUUCUCUGGAUCAUCUUCUGUGCUACAUGCCAGAUAACUUAUCCAGUUGACCCAGGCUGUUCAGGAAACUGCACAACAGAAUCUGGAGAAACGUUUAAUUUCAAUAUAAGAAACAAUGGGAGUGAAUAUGAAGUUAUGUUGAAUGAGACCGUGAGAGACAUCACAAUGCUCCUGCAGCAGCAUCUGUCAUCAGUCUGUAAGAAUUUAACAGGUUGCCAUCUUUAUAACAAAACAUGUCAAUCUUCAAGUUUAGUAAAUAUAAAAAUAUUUUUUGUUGAUUCUCAACAAAGUUGUAUCAGGGAGGCCACAUCCAAGACCCCACCCACAACCACCACCCCCGGGAUCACCACGACCACGAACCAUUCCACCACCCCCACAUCCACGACCUCACCCACGACCACCACCCCCGGGAUCACCAAGACCACAUCCAUGAACCCACCCACAACCACCGGACCUGGGAUCACUACGACCACAUCCACGAACCCAUCCAUCACCCCGACAUCCACGACCACCACCCCCGGGAUCACCAUGACCACAUCCACGAACCCAUCCACCACUCCCAUGACUACCAUGAAUCCACCCACGUCUACCAAGACCCUUACCACAUCCAUGAACCCAUCCACCACCCCCAUGACCACCACGACCCCACCCAGGUCCACCACCACCACAAACUCAUCUACCACCUCCAUGACGAACCCAUCUACCACCUCCAUGACCACCACGACUCCACCCACGUCCACCACGACCCCUCCCUCAACCACAUCCAAGAACCCAUCCAUCACCCCCAUGACCACAACGACCCCACCCACGUCCACCACGACUACUCCCACAACCACCUCCUUGAAUCCAUUCUCCAUCCCCAUGAUAACCACCGCCCCACCCACAUCCACCACCCCGACCCCUACCACAACCACAAUCACAUCCAUGAACCCAUCCACCACCCCCAUGACCACCACGGUCCCACCCACGUCCACCACGACUACUCCCACAACCACCUCCUUGAAUCCAUUCACCAUCCCCAUGAUAACCACCGCCCCACCCACAUCCACCACCACGACCCCUACCACAAUCACAUCCAUGUACCCAUCCAUCACCCCCAUGACCACCACGACCCCACCCACGUCCACCACGACUACUCCCACAACCACAUCCUUGAAUCCAUCCACCAACCCCAUGAUAACCACUGCCUUACCCACAUCCACCACCACGACCCCUAUCACAACCACAAUCACAUCCAUGAACCCAUCCACCACCCCCAUGACCACCACGACCCCACCCACGUCCACCACGACUACUCCCACAACCACCUCCUUGAAUCCAUUCACCAUCCCCAUGAUAACCACCGCCCCACACACAUCCAACAACAACGCCCCUACCACAAUCACAUCCAUGAACCCCUCCAUCACCCCCAUGACCACCACGACCCCACCCACGUCCAUCCCGACUACUCCCACAACCACUUUGAAUCCAUCCACCACUCCCAUGAUAACCAACGCCACACCCACAUCCACGACCACGACCCCUACCACAACCACAAUCACAUCCAUGAACCCAUCCAUCACCCCCAUGACCAUCAAGGUCCCACCCACGUCCACCACGACUACUCCCACAACCACAUCCUUGAACCCAUCCAAAACCCCCAUGAUAACCACCGCCCCACCCACAUCCACCAUCAGGACCCCUACCACAACCAUGAACCAAUCCAUCACCCCCAUGACCACCACGACACCACCCACGUCCACCACGACUACUCCCACAACCACAUCCUUGAACCCAUCCACCACCCCCAUGAUUACCACCGCCUUACCCACAUCCACCACCACGACCCCUACCGCAACCACAAUCACAUCCAUGAACCCAUCCACCACCCCCAUGACCACCACGACCCCACCCACGUCCACCACGACUACUCGAACAACCACAUCCUUGAACCCCUCCACCACCCCCAUGAUAACCACCGCCCCACCCACUUCCAACAACAACGCCCCUACCACAAUCACAUCCAUGAACCCCUCCAUCACCCCCAUGACCACCACGACCCCACCCACGUCCACCACGACUACUCCCACAACCACUUUGAACCCAUCCACCACCCCCAUGAUAACCACCGCCUUACCCACAUCCACAUCCACCACCACGACCCCUACCACAACCACAAUCACAUCUAUGAACCCAUCCACCACCCCCACGAUAACCACCGCCCCACCCACAUCCGACAACAACGCCCCUGCCACAACCACAAUCACAUCCAUGAACCCAUCCACCACCCCCAUGACCACCACGACCCCACCCACGUCCACCACGACUACUCCCACAACCACAUCCUUGAACCCAUCCACCACCCCCAUGAUAACCACCGCCCCACCCACAUCCACCACCACGAUCCCUACCACAACCACAAUCACAUCCAUGAACCCAUCCAUCACCCCCAUGACCACCACGACCCCAACCACGUCCACCACGACUACUCGCACAACCACAUCCUUGAGCCCAUCCACCACCCCCAUGAUAACCACCGCCCCACACACAUCCAACAACAACGCCCCUACCACAACCACAAUCACAUCCAUGAACCCAUCCAUCACCCCCAUGACCACCACGACCCCACCCACGUCCACCACGACUACUCCCACAACCACUUUGAACCCAUCCACCACCCCCAUGAUAACCACCGCCUUACCCACAUCCACAUCCACCACCACGACCCCUACCACAACCACAAUCACAUCUAUGAACCCAUCCACCACCCCCACGAUAACCACCGCCCCACCCACAUCCGACAACAACGCCCCUACCACAACCACAAUCACAUCCAUGAACCCAUCCAUCACCCCCAUGACCACCAUGACCCCACCCACAUCCACCAUCACGACCCCUACCACAACCACAAUCACAACCAUGAACCAAUCCAUCACCCCCAUGACCACCACGACACCACCCACGUCCACCACGACUACUCCCACAACCACAUCCUUGAGCCCAUCCACCACCCCCAUGAUAACCACCGCCCCACCCACAUCCACCACCACGACCACAACCACAAUCACAUCCAUGAACCCAUCCAUCAGCCCCAUGACCACCACGACCCCACCCACGUCCACCUCCACCACCACCACGACCCCUCCCAGAACCACAUCCACAAACCCAUCCCCCAACCCCAUGAUAACCACCACCCAACCCACGACCACAUCCAUGAACCCAUCCACCACCCCCAUGACCACCACGACCCCACCCACGUCCACCACGACUACACCCACAACCACAUCCUUGAAUCCAUCCACCACCCCCAUGAUAACCACCGCCUUACCCACAUCCACCACCACGACCCCUACCACAACCACAAUCACAUCCAUGAACCCAUCCAUCACCCCCACCACCACAACGACCCCUCCCAGAACCACAUCCACAAACCCAUCCCCCAACCCCAUGAUAACCACCACCCCACCCACGACCACAUCCAUGAACCCAUCCACAACCCACAUGACAACCACGACCCCACCCAUAACACCCUCUAUUAUCAUAAAUGCAACUACUACAACGGACCCAUCUAAAACCAUCAGUUCAUCAGCUCCAGAGAUGAUGGACAACCUCAAGAACAUUUCAGACGAGAUGGAACAAAAAAAUGAAUCUACUUUAGAAAUAGUCAUGGAAGGCGUCAGAGGUCUCGUGUACAGACAGGACAGGAACACAGAACCCAAAUACAUUAUCAUAUUCUGCUCAUCAGAUCAGAAUGAGAUACAUGUUAAGGACGAUCAAAAUAUCCAGCAGAUACAGUAUUCCUGGUUAAUAAGAAUCUCAGCGGAGGCAUUCGAUAAAUCACGUCUGCAAAACAACGGAAGUGCAUUUGUUGGAGUUCUUCAGUUCAAAAACAUGGACGCCAAUGACAAAACUAAAAAUCUCAUUGUUUUGAAUGAUGAGGUUUAUGGAAUAUCGAUGGGAGCCAACAUCUCAAAUCUUACAGACAAUAUAGAAAUAUUCGUGCAUGCGGGAAAUCUGGUUGGCGACGUGUUUUGCACUUCUUGGGAUGGCAGAGGAAACCUGACGUGGACGACGCCCGGCUGUGAAACGCAAAGAAAUGACUCCAUCAUCAAUUGCUCAUGUUCACAUCUGACGUUCUUCGCUGUGCUGAUGUCGAUUCCCAAUUCAAACAUCACCUCACCACAUGUGGACACAUUGACUUAUAUCUCUUAUAUUGGUUGUGGUUUAUCCAUGUUUUUUCUGGGCAUCGCUCUGUUCAUGCAUUUCUUGUUACGGAAAAACAAAUCGAGCCAGUCCACGAAGAUCCUGAUCAAUAUGUUUGUGGCUUUAUUUAUACUGAAUUUAUCGUUUUUGUCCAACGAGAGCAUCGCCGACACACAAUCCAGCUCAGCAUGUACUGUCAUAGCGUUGAUCAUGCAUUACUCUAUGCUGUCAACAUUCACCUGGUUCUUCCUUCAAGCUCUUCAUAUGUAUUUCUGGCUCAUCCGAAAAAAUAUCACCAUCAAAAACUACAUGAAGAAGAUGAUUGUGUCAGGAUGGGUUUGUUCGUGUCCAGUAGUUGUGAUUAUUGCUGCUCUUGGAGAAUACAAGUUAUUGAUCAUUGAAUCCUCUGCUGAAAAAACAACACGAAUGUGCUGGAUCACAAAUCACAACAUUCACUACAUAGUGAACAUCGGCUACUAUUCCUUGGUCUUCAGUUUCACAGCAGGAGUCUUCGUCAUGAUCAUCACCAAACUUAUUCAAGCAAGAAACAUGCGUGUGGGUGAUGUCAAGAAAGCAACAUUGAAGACACGUGUGAUGAUGAUCUUGAGUCUGUUUGUUCUCCUGGGCUUGACGUGGGCCGUGGCUUUCUUCAGUUAUGGAGACAUGAUCAUCCCGUCCUACUAUAUCUUCUGUGUGCUGAACUCUUUUCAGGGGUUUUUUCUCUUUCUGUAUUAUUAUCACAUUCGUAAUGAUGCCGAGGGCGGUUUCUCUGAUGAUCCGGACAGAUCCUCUUCCACCAUCAAUCAAUCCACCAUCAACACUUCAAAAGAGAACAUUUAUACUUAAGAGUGAAGAUGCUGUGUUUCCUCUCAUAAUGUGAACACAUCACCACGUACAAUUUCAUAUGUUGUGUAUAUUUCAGAACUUGAUUGUUAUUAAGCAUUACUGAUUUACUAAUCUUUCCUGAAAACACACAAUAGUUAGGUUUUGUGAGUCCCUAUUACUCAAACUUCUUCAUGUUGAGCUCAUGUCCUCCUGUGAAACACAGACGCUCAGAUAAAGUUGUGAAUGAUGAUCAGAUCCUGAUGAUCAAUAUAAAUCCUGCUCUCUUUGGACACACUUCCUGUUUGAUUUCUAAGGCUUUUUAAAUUAAAUAAAAACAAACUGAUAUGAGAUUUA